CGGUGGAGUCCCCGGCCCUGCUCCAUAGUCCGCGCUCCGCGUUUUUCUCCCCGCCGCCGCUCCGGCCCCGCGCCUGCUUCCAGCUCCGGCUCUUGCGCGCCGCCUCCCCUCUCCAGCUGUUUUACGCAUCUGGCCAGCCGCGCCCUCCUCGCCUUCUCUCUCUCUCUCGCCCUCGCAGCACAAGCAGCAUCUGCGCGCCCGACGGGUCUCUGCCACCUCCGAAGCUGCCAUGUCCGGGGAAGAGGCGGCCGGGGGCGAUGCGGGCGCCCAGCAAAGCGGCACCGCGGCGCCACCAGAGCAGCAGCAGCAGCAGCAAGAAGCGACUCCGGCAGCGAAGCCUGCCGAGGAGGGCAAGGCUGCGGGGGCCCCGUCGGAGGCGGCUGCCGCCGCUCCAGCUGCUCCCGGGCGCCAGUACCGGGCGCUGGUGCUGAGCGGCUUCGGCGGCUACGAGAAAGUGAAGGUGCAGACGCGGCACCUGCCCGCUGCUGAGCCCAGCCCGGGCGCGGGCCAAGUCAGCGUGGAGGUGCGGGCCUGCGGGCUCAACUUCGCGGAUUUGCUGGCCCGCCAGGGGCUAUACGAGAGGAUGCCGUCGCCGCCCUUCAGCCCGGGCAUGGAGGCGGCCGGCACCGUCUUGGCCGUGGGCGAGGGCGUCUCCAGCCCCAAGGUAGGUGAUAAGGUGAUGGCGAUGGCCAGGUCGGGGCUCUGGCAGGAAAUUGUGACGGUCCCAGCCAACCAGACAUUCCCCAUGCCAGAAGGGAUGAGUUUCGAGGAAGCGGCUGCCUUUUUGGUCAACUACAUCACCGCCUAUAUGGUCCUCUUUGACUUCGGCAACCUGCGACCCAACCAGAGCGUCCUGGUCCACAUGGCAGCAGGUGGCGUGGGGACUGCAGCCGUCCAGCUCUGCAAAACUGUAGAGAACGUCACCGUUUUUGGCACAGCUUCUGCCUCCAAACAUGAAACCAUCAAGGAGAAUGGGGUUACCUAUCCCAUUGACUAUCGGGCAACUGAUUACGUGGCAGAAGUCCGGAAAAUCUCCCCCAAAGGUGUAGAUGUCGUCUUAGACCCUCUGGGGGGUUCAGAUACCACAAAAGGCUUUAAUCUCCUGAAGCCAAUGGGAAAACUAGUCACCUACGGUGUAGCCAACUUGCUAACAGGGCAGAGGAAGAACCUGAUGGCCAUGGCUAAGACCUGGUGGAACCAGUUCAGCAUCAAUGCCUUGCAGCUCCUGCAUCUCAACAAGUCUGUCUGCGGCUACCACCUGGGUUACCUAGACGAGGAGGUGGAGCUCUUGAGCAGCGUGGUGAACAAGCUGCUUGCCCUCUACAACCAAGGCAAAAUCAAGCCCAAGGUGGACUCCGUUUGGCCCUUUGAUCAGGUGGUAGAUGCCAUGAAGCAGAUGCAAGAGAAGAAAAACGUUGGGAAAGUUGUGCUGAUUCCCGAAGCACCACCAAAGGACGAAAGCAAAGAAGCGGAGAACUGAAGUGAAAGGCGUGGGUGGAAUGUCUGACCUCAGGUCCUCAUGUUGUUGUAUUUUGAGUUGUGUUAUUUUUAAUUUUUUUUUUUUUUUUAAACCCUGUCCCCCUCCUCCCCAUGUCUGACCCUUUGAUGGAAGUAGGAAUGGGCAUAUAGAUCUCUCACUGCUGUUCGUGGAAUAAGUGGUGUGUGUAAGGACCGGAAAGACACACAUGUAUUGUUGUCGGUUGGUGGCCUCUAGAGGCGAUGCAAGCUUCUGGGUUCCACAGAACGCUUCGCGCAAAGGUUUGCACCAUCUCUAAAGCAUUGGCCGGCCUCCUUUAAAAAGUAAAUAAAUAGAAAGGUAACCACAGAGAGGUAUUGAUCCUGCAUCUCUGCUCUUCUGGCAUCAACACUUCAUUAAAGGAUUAACAAGGCACAAUGUGAACAUGCAGGUUCCUGAGUGAAGUAGACAUCCACUGAAAUUUCCUCUUGAUUUCUGGAUCCUUCCUUUACCUUUAUUUGUAACCUCCCCACAACUCCACAAAACCCAUGCCAAAUUCACCUCCUGAGCCCUCUUCUCUUCCCACCCAGUUCCCCCCCCCCGCAUCUGGUGACUAAUAACUUUAGAGCACGUAAAACUCGCAUUAUUAUUACAGCAGCCAUCGAAAGUCUCCAUGGAAACGGGGCUUCAAACCUGCCGCUUCCGAUGGGCACAUUUUAAUAAGCAGGACGCAUCCGACUUUUUCAGCUCUGCUGUGACAAGAAGAAUGGAGGAGAAGGGAGAGAAUUGUGCCUCUGCGUUAUCUUGAUGCCUUGAUCCUGUCCACAUCUUAGCAUUUCUAAACCAUUUUUUAAAUAAAAUAAAAAAACCUGCCCUGGCAAUUGCAAUGAUUAUGUGAAGGAUGCAACAGAAAGCACCUAGGUUUCUUUUGAGAGACACCUUGGGGUUCCCCCCCCCACUUUAGUUGGGUUGUGUGGACAGAUACACAACAGUGCCUAACUGCUGACUCGCCUGCAAUCAGCUGACUUGUCGGCAAUCUCAAAAAUUGUGCUAUCGCUUGCAGAAUCAGCUGUCCUGGUCAUGUAAAUGUCACAUGACUUGGUGGUUGGAUGUUUGAAUGAAUGAAUGGGGGAAACAAUCUAUACACAAUCUGGCUGGAGGAAGGACACUGAAACCCUUCUCUGCUGCAACUCUUGGUCGUCGUUUUUCUUUGAGAGCAAGAGCACCUUCAGGCCGGUUGCCUUCCAGAACGCGCCUAGCAGAAUUACACACUGGCUAAAUAUUCCCUUUACAUCUGCAUUUCCUGUCAGGCUGUGGGAGAACAGACAGUGAAAUUUAGCAGUUGCCUGCAACGAGCAGAGACUUUCUGCUUCCGGUCCUUUCACUUUUGGUUAGUGGUCUGUGUGGAAAAUGAGUCACUGUGCUGCCUUAAGCUGUGUGGGUCCCUGUGUUGUGCUUAUAUCCAGGCUCGUCAGCCACUUCUGCGGGCUCUAAUCUCUUCUUUGAAACCUCCAAGCCUUCUUUCCGCCCCCCUCUCUUCCAUUUCAGCAAACCUCUCCACCUUUUUACGUCCUCGGGCCACAAAGCAUCUCUCUGUAGCUCGACAGAGUCCCCAGUCCCCUUCCUUGAUGUUCAUACCUGGCGAAGGCAACAGACCUCCGAGGGUACCGUUCUGCCUUUGCCUGGCGUAAAGAAACGAUCAAGAGCACAGGGAAUCGCAGCAGUGAAACCUGGGCAUUUCUCUAUGUUUCCCUUUUCCCCCCUUUCCCCAGCCCCGUAGUGAGAGUGGAAGGCAACCGUGGGCUGUGUUUUGGCUCACAGCGAACCCUUGGUGCCCCCAUCAUUUGUUUCAGGGCUGUAGUCCCGCAGGCCCUUAGGUGCCAGGAAUUGCCUACAGGAGUGUUUCCUCCUUACCUUAUGGUAGGAAGGGAUAGAGAAACCUGAGGGCCGCUAGAGCUCCCGUCAGUCCCAGCCGGCACGGCCAGUCGCCAGCGCUGAUGGGAGUCCCAGCAACAUCCAGAGGGAUGUGAGUUCUCCUCCCCUGCCUUUUAGGCCCUGUUGCAGGAGGCAUGGAAACUUUACACCUUCAGCAUGCGUGCCCAAAAAGCCUUUCCCACUCCAUCCAAGUAUUUGACGUUUUUCAAAUGCUUUCCCUUUAGCUACCCACACACACAACAAACAGGUCCAUUAGCAAUUUCUGUGAGUGAGCUAGGCAAGGAGGUUUCUUACGCCAUCAGCACGGAAGGUAACUUGAUCUUAACAACCAAAGAUCAGGAGAAUUAUUCUAAGCAAAGGUUGCAAAGAGCAGAUUCUGCAAACUAUUUUCUUUUUCCUUGCUGUGCAUCUUUUCUUUUUGUCCCAGGAUGUAAUAUUGUCAUUCCCUCCACGUAAAGUGCUGGAAUUUUUUUGGGGGGGCGGGGCGGUGUCCCAUCUUCUCAAGCAACUUGGAUUGAAGGCCAUUUAGCAUGGGUCGAGCAUCCUUUGUCCUACCAUGCCAUGCUUAGCGAAGGGUAUUGCAAAUGUCAGAUUAAUUCUUACAGGGCCCUAAGUUUUGGAGGGGCCAAAAGUGGAGCACAUGAUCUGCAUGCAGGUGGCCGCAAGUUCAGUCCUUGCCGGCUGUUGUUGAAAGAUGUCGGGAAAGACUCCUGGCUGUGAACUCCUGGCCACUGGCGCUCCAAAUUCUGACUUGGCACAAGCCAGCUUAACGUACGUUCGUAAGGCAAGGCCAGCUGGCUAGCCGCCGUCUCACAGUCAAAUGCAACCCAGGCCAAGAUGGGCUGUGGAGAGCGGCUAUACUGAAGAACAGAGCAGAGCCUGGUGACUUGCUGAAGCUGUGAACCUCCCAACAUAGUCCUUUCUUCUCCUGCAAGUCCAGAUCACUUGUGUGUUCACCCAGCAGUAAGCCCCAUUGAGUUCAGUGGGACUUACUCCAAGGUAAGUUUGCACAGGAUUGCAACAUUUGCAGGCGGGACUCCCAACUCUGCCGUGUGCUAAGUGAACAAAAGAGAAAACACUCCCCAAACACAAGGAGCUUCCAUCUCACACAGAGAGAGGGGAAAUGGUGCAAAAAAAUCACUAAUCCGUGUUUUUAAAUAUAUAUUUACUUCCUCCCUUCUAUCUUGCCUUCCUCCUUGCUGCUGCCUGGUGCCUUAUUCCGGAUGGCAUUCUAAAACUCUUGUAACCUCAUCCUGUUUAAUACUGCAAGGGACCAGCCUUGCCUUGGUAAGAACUUCUAUGCUGCGUUGUUCCUCCACCCCACCCCGUCACCAGUGCCUUGUUCAGACAUUGAGUAAGGUCUAUCUAACUCCAGAAGCCUUUGCCAAAAAUCUGAGUUGUUUAGAACAUUGCUCCUCCCUUUCGCCGGGAACUCGUGUGAACACACGAUUAUUUAUGGCUUGUAUUUUACACAAGCAGCGAUGAGGCCUGCACACUUCAGUGCGCCUCUGCACAAGUGCAUAAACCCCGCGGUGCUCUCUGAGAACUUGAGCUGAGCUUUCCCAAGAUCCCAAAUGCUGGGAGCCGUUGGACAUUUUCAGAGAUUUGCCGAGAAAGUCUUUCUGCUGUGCAAUCUUACACACGCCUGCUCAAAAGUAAGACCUAUUGUGCUCAAUUAGACUUUCUCCCCAGGUAAAAUAUAUGUAGGGUUGCAGCCUUAAAUCUUCCAAAGCACCACUUCUGAAUAUUAAUGUGCUCUAGGAAGCUACAAGGAGCCAGAAUUAGGCUCUGUAGCUUUUUUUUUUAAAGGUUAUCCCAGUGCUCUUGGGAAGAGAGGUGAAAAGGCAUUUGUCCCAUGUGCAAUUUUUUUUAGAAAAACCAGAAGACAUUAACCCGUAGCAACAGCAAGUGAUGGUCCUAUUCCCUUCCUGGUUUGUUUGUUUUUUGUUUUGUUUUUGCAGCUCCCCCCACCAAACCUGAAAGUUUACCUCCUGAACAGUAAAAUAUAUCCUUUGUGCUAGACAUUUAACACACUUGUCUUAGUGCUCAAUACCUAAGGUUUUUCUAAAAAUAAUAAUACAGGAGACAUUCAAUCUUAAAAAGCACUAUAACUUUGCUCUUUGUUGCCUUGCUGAUUAACACUGUAACCUUGAAUUUUAUAGCAACGCCCCCUUAUUUUGUGACUUAACUGUGUGAGAGUACGAGUGUUGAGUGUGUGUUGAAGACAAACUGUUUUUUUGUUUGGCCCUCUUAAAAAAAAAUUGUUAAAACUGCAUGUACUUAACUUCAAGGACCAAAGUGGGGGUGGGGGGGAAAGCUAAGCUGUCACCUGAGUUUUCUUGACUCCAAAGGGCAAAACUUGUCACAAUAAGAAUGCUCUUGUUUUCUGUACGGAUUUCUGUUGCACUGUUUCAAGAUAAGAUGAAAUGGCGUUUUGAGCUAAAACGAGGCAGGUGAAGGCUGCUGUUUAGGAUAUGGUGGGCUAUAAUGGUGGGCCAAAAGUCUGAACAAUUCAACUGCAAGUGUGCCUUUUCACCCUCUCUCUCCCCUCCAGCUCAAAGGACUUUAAGCACAACACCACACCCACGCUAUUACUGAAUGCAAUGAGACUAUGAGAGUUUUACUGCAUCACUGCCUUCCUAAGCUACUGGCCCCCAUGUGAGCUACAGUUCGACACAUUUUGGUGUGGCAUGGACAGUGCCGGUUCCCACCAUGUAAGGAACCAUUCACACAACAUAAAUGUGAGGUGCAAAGUUGCCUCAGAGUGAUUUAAAAACAAAACAAAUAAUGUGCCAAACCUAGCACCUGCGUUGAUGCCGGAGGUAAAACUCAACUGAGCACGGAUUUUAUCCAGAAAGUCCUCACUACGGUGGCCUCCUUGCAAAAUAUCAAAAUCAGAGUCAUAGCUGUCAAGUUCUCCCUUUUUUAAAGGGAAAUUCCCUUAUGCUGAAUAGGCUUCCUCGCGAGAAAAGGGAAAACUUGACAGCUAUGAUCACAGUCGCCUAAUUCACAUUUUUACAACAUCCCUAUUCCUAUUCAUUUCCUGCUUGGCAGGGGGUUGGACUGGAUGGCCCUUGUGGUCUCUUCCAACUCUAUGUGGAGUGAGCUGGGGGUGGGUUAAAAGCACUCGGUUUUUCAACUCUACGAUAAAGAGCAUUGAUCCUCAGGCAGAUUGGCAGGACACACCAGACUUGGCAUAAACGUCCUUCAGAAUUUGAAGAGCUGCAUCUGUGCCGCUCUCCCUUCCCAAAAUGUUCUAAAGUUUUGGACUGGGUUGAGCUCGGCUCGCAAAAACGUUAACGGGGAACAUUGCAUGAGAGAUGGUGGAAGGGAAAACUAGAGUCGAGGUGGCCGAGGGAGGGGAGGAAGAUGCAAGGAAGGCCCUGCCUGUGUCGAGACAUUUUAUUUGCAUGUUUGUGUUUUUGUGUGGUGUCGUCUUGAGUGACAAGUGAGGAGCCUCCAGACGUUAAGGUCGCCAGGUGUGCCUGAUGCAGCUCAAAUCACCUGUGGAGCCACCACUAACGUUGACAGGUACCCUUAAGGCCUGAGGCACUUCUGCUGAGCGAAGGGCAGUUAGCAGCCAGGGCCCAUAUCACUGCAGGCUGCGGCACAAUGUCCCAUUCGUUCCUCUUUUGAUGGUUUGUGAUGAGCAGCUUGUGUGUUUCCUUAUGGUUAAAGAUGCUUCUUUAAAAGUCUCUCGUAUGGUGUUUUGAAAGAAGCUCGCUCUUUUCUGCUUGCGCAUGUGUGUGUGUGUGUGUGCGCGUGCGUCAACCACGCAAAUGUGCCAAUGCUGUUUACACAGAUUUCAGACAUGAAAUGCUAGUCUGCCUAAUGUUACCAUAUGCCUUAUGUGUUUUUUGGGUGUUCAUUAAAAGCAUAACGAAAAAGAAAGACAA